AGUACACUGAGUAGGAGGGUUGACAUCUGCUUGCGGAACAGCAAUAAAUUCGCUUCCCCAGAAUUACUUGAGGAGUACAAAGUACCUCAAAAUGAUCAUAGACAAGAUUUGAACCUUUCGAGAAUGAAUCAUUCUUUGAACCUUUUCAACAAAUUCCAAAAAUUUGAAGAAGACAAGCUCCUGGACAGUUUAGCGGAAAUGACUUACGAAGGGUCAUUUAACAGAUUUAUGAAAUUCUCGUUAAUUGACUUUGCUGUCAAUAUAAAAAGAAUAAAUCCCAUGCCUAUCAUGGAUGAACGAACCAUUUUUGUUGAGACAGUGUCUCAAAUGUUUAAAUACUUUGGCAAUACUACUGGAUUAUUAUCAUUUAAAUGGUAAGUAUACAACUGUAGAGAGAAAGCUAUAUUAUUAAAAUCAUUUCUAGGUGCGAAAAAAAGAAUAGUGUGGUAUUUCCAUACCUCCUAUAAUAUAUAAAGAC